GUGAAAGCAAAGACUUGAUGUCGCCAUUUUAAACAGACACAAUCGAUGAUUUACAACACAAAGUACCUUUAAAUCUUUAUUGAGAUUAAUUUAUGCUUAGGCAGGAUUUGUGUGUAUCUACCUGAUGGAAAUGUGAAUCGAGUCAGUGGAGAUCAAACUGAUCAGAUCCAUCAUGGGUAACACACAAACAUCAGGAGAUAAAGAUUUUUCUACAGGAUGCAGAUCAGUUCAUCAGAUGAGAUCAAAUCCAGAGUCCAGCUGUGUGUCUGUGAGGAGUGACAUGUCUGUGGAUCCACCAAUGAGGUUUAACAGUGGAGAUUCAAGGACUGGUCUCAGAUCAGUUCGUCGGAUGAGAUCAUAUCCAGAGUCCAGCUGUGUGUCUAUGAAGAGUGACUGGUCUAUGGAUCGACCAAUAACAUUUAACAGUGGACAUUCAUGGCCUGGUCUCAGUCCAGUUCAUAAGAAGAGAUCCUGCUGUGCGUCUAUGAAGAGUCACACAUCUACGGUCAGGCGAGGACAUUUCAAGACUAGAGAUACACGGCCUGGUCUCAGAUCAGUUCGUCGGAUGAGAUCAUAUUCAGAGUCCAGCUGUGUGUCUAUGAAGAGUGACUGGUCUAUGGAUCGACCAAUAACAUUUAACAGUGGACAUUCAUGGCCUGGUCUCAGUCCAGUUCAUCAGAAGAGAUCAGAACCAGAGUCCAGCUGUUCAUCUAUGAAGAGUCACACAUCUACGGUUCAGCGAGGACAUUUCAAGACUAGAGAUACACGGCCUGAUCUCAGCAAUGAGGUCCUCAACACGUUUAGAUCAAAUCUGAAGAGGAAGUUUGAGCGUCUGUAUGAAGGAACAACAGUACGGGGAAACCCAACACUCCUGAAUGAGAUCUACACAGAGCUCAACAUCACAGAGAGUGAGAGUGGAGAGAUCAGUAAUGAGCAUGAGGUGAGACAGAUUGAGACACAAUCCAGGAGAACAGCAACAGAGGACACAGCCAUCAAAUGCAAUGACAUCUUUAGACCUUUACCUGGACAAGACAAAGCCAUCAGAACUGUGCUGACAAAGGGAGUCGCUGGCAUUGGAAAAACAGUCUCUGUGCAGAAGUUCAUCCUGGACUGGGCUGAAGGAAAAGAGAAUCAGGACGUCCAGCUCAUAUUUCCACUUCCUUUCAGAGAAAUCAACUUGAUGAAGGACAAAACACUCAGUCUUUCAGAUCUUCUUCAUAUCUUUUUCCCUGAAACUAAAGAAAUGGAAAUAUCCAGUAAUGAAUAUAAAGUGUUGUUCAUCUUUGAUGGUCUGGACGAGUGUCAUCUUCCCUUAUAUUUUCAAAGAAAUGAGAUUCUACGGGAUGCAAACAAAAAGACCUCAGUGGACGUGCUGCUGAUGAACCUCAUUGUGGGGAAUCUGCUUCCUUCUGCUCUCAUCUGGAUCACCUCCAGACCAGCAGCAGCUGAUCUCGUCCCCUCUGAGUGUGUCCAUCGAGUGACAGAGGUACGAGGCUUCAAUGAGCCACAGAAGGAGGAAUACUUCAGGAAAAGAAUCAGUGAUCAGAGUCUGGCCAACAGGAUCAUCUCACACCUGAAGUCAUCAAGGAGCCUCUACAUCAUGUGCCACAUCCCAGUGUUCUGCUGGAUCUCAGCCGCUGUUUUAGAGAAGAUGUUGAGUCGAGCAGAGAGUGGAGAGAUUCCCAAGACUCUCACUCAAAUGUACACACACUUCCUGAUCCUUCAGACCAACAUCAAACAUGAGAAGGACUAUGAGAAGAAGGUGACGGAUGAAGACAUGAUCCUCAAACUGGGGAAAUUGGCUUUUCAGCAGCUGGUGAAAGGAAACCUGAUCUUCUAUGAGGAAGACCUGAGAGAGUGUGGCAUUGAUGAGACAGAAGCAUCAGUGUACUCAGGAUUGUGCACUCAGAUCUUCAGAGAGGAGUUUGGCUUGUAUCAGGGGAAAGUCUUCAGCUUUGUUCAUCUGAGCAUUCAGGAACAUCUAGCAGCUCUAUAUGAGCACUGCUCCUUGACCUUUAUAAUCAAGAACAUCACUGAUCAAACAAAAGAAAGUCUUUUCUCUGACUCAAACUGGAUUCCGUUAAUCUCUAAGCUGCAUCAGAGAGCUGUGGAUGAGGCUCUACAGAGUAAGAAUGGACAUCUGGAUCUUUUCCUGCGUUUUCUUCUGGGUCUCUCAGUGGAGUCCAAUCAGACUCUUUUACGAGAACUACUGACACUGACAGGAAUCUGCUCCUUCAACAAAGAGGAAACAACUGAUUACAUCAAACAGAAGAUCAGAGAGAAUCUCUCUCCAGAGAAAUUCAUCAAUCUGUUUCACUGUCUGAAUAAACUGGGUGAUGAUUCACUGAUGCAGGAGAUCCAACGUUAUCUGAAAUCUGGAGAAAUAAGAGAAACCAAACUCUCGUCUUCACAGUGGUCAGCUCUGGUUUAUGUGUUGCUGACAUCAGAGCAGAAGAUGGAUGUGUUUGAUCUGAAACAGUUUAUUGGAUCACAACAUACAGCAGAUGAAGUUCUUCAGAAUCUGUUACCUGUGGUUAAAGAAUCCAGAUCAGUUCGGUAAGUGACACUGAAAACAAUCACUACACUU